UCACUUGUCAUUUUCAGUUCGGGUUCGGGUUGAACUAUGGAUAUAUUCGUAAUAAAUUAAUUUUAAAUGGCUUCAUCAGUGCAAAAUAAUAGAGUGUUACAUUCAGGAUAUUGUGCAUGUUGCCGAACGUGCAAUAUGUGGUGCUGGAGAGCAUUAAAAUGGCUUCCAGUGUUGUUGAUAGUUUCUAUUGUGACAUGGUCCUAUUAUGCAUACGUUAUUCAAUUGUGCAUUUUUACCAUUGAGAGUACAGUGCAGCAAUGUGUUUAUCUUGUGCUAUACCACAUUUUACUUAUAAUGUUUGUCUGGUCUUAUUGGCGAACUGUAUUUGCGGACAUAAAGCAAAUUCCAGACAAGUACAAACUACCUGAAGAAGAAUUAGAAAAGUUAUUGAGUGCGGAUACAGAAGACGCGCAGCGAUUGAUUUUAGAGAACUAUGCUAAAGAUCUUCCAGUCGUCACUAGAACAAUGUCUGGCUCGGUCCGCUACUGCAAUCGAUGUGUGCUGGUGAAGCCGGAUCGCGCACACCACUGCAGCAUAUGCUCCCGCUGCGUGCUCAAGAUGGACCACCACUGCCCGUGGGUCAACAACUGCGUGUGCUUCCACAACUACAAGUUCUUCAUGCUGUUCCUUGGAUAUGCGCUGAUGUAUUGUAUCUUCAUCAUGUCCACAUGCCUGCCGUACUUCAUACGGUUUUGGAAGGGUGAUUUCGGCGCCCCGGGCAGUGCGGGGAGGUACCACAUUGUGUUCGCGUUCUUCGUGGCGCUAAUGUUCGCCAUUUCGCUCGGCUCGCUGUUCGGCUACCACUGUUACUUGGUCACGCAUAAUAGGACAACUUUGGAAGCGUUCCGAGCGCCAAUGUUCCGAGGUGGCGCUGACAAGAAUGGCUUCUCUCUCGGCGCGUACAACAACUUCAAGGAGGUGUUCGGCAACAGCCCCAAUUUGUGGCUGCUGCCCGUAUUCACCAGCCUAGGAGACGGGUGCGAAUUUCCCGUGCGUCGCGAGCACCAGCUGCAAACGUUCACGACGCCGCAAGAGACGCACGGGUACGAAUCUAUGGGCAUCACGCGCUCAAGCGUGGAGAUGGCACACGAGACUGAGAGAUGGAGACUUUGCCCCCGACGGGGGAGGACCGUCCCGCAAAUAGUAUAAGGAAAACACACUUUCACAAUUUACUUUCGUUAUAUUAUUAUUAUGUUUAUAUUUAAAUAAAAUCCUUCCAAAGAA